AUGAAGUCUUUCAUUGUACUCGCCAUUUGCCUUGUUGCCGUGCAGGCGCUGACAGAUGAACAAAAGGAAAAACUGAAAAAGCAUAGAACCGAGUGUCUGGCGGAGACAAAAGCUAAUGAGGAACAAGUCAACAAGCUGAGGACUGGGGACUUUUCGACUGAGAAUGAGGAGCUUAAGAAGUACGUCCUCUGCUUGAUGGAGAAAUCAGAGCUGAUGACUAAGGACGGAAAGUUCAAGAAGGAUGUCGCCCUCGCUAAGGUGCCCAACGCAGCCGACAAACCUACAGUCGAGAAGCUAAUCGACACUUGCUUGGAGAAAAAAGGUGCCACACCACAACAAACCGCCUGGAACUACGCGAAAUGCUACCACGAGAAUGAUCCCAAGCACUCCAUCCUGAAUUAA